AAUUUUGUCUACACACGACGUUCUUUAAUCCACCAGAAUUUGAUACAUAAGAGAGAUACAUAGAAUGAUGUACGUUAAAAUAUAAGUAAUGUGUAUUAUCGAAUUGAGACCAAGAAUGUUGUGCGCAACUGUAAUAUUUUUGGUAAAUGCGUCAGACAGCAAUCGACCUUUCUCCGAAGAGUAAAGCGAUUUUUCAUGGCGAUCCUCGCGAAGGUGAGGGGACCAACAGCCUCUCGAAGGCCCUUUUUCCUUUGAGUCAUCAGAAGAUGACGCGACGCGGUCGUCGAUGAACGAAUGCGACCUCGUUUCUCGCGAUGAAAUACGCGAACAAUAACCGCCCGUUUACGCGUAAACGCGUUAGAAAGUGUAGCCGAUCGAAUUGCGUGUCGAAGAUAAGAGAAAAUCGACUCGUAUCCGUCGAAGAUGCGGUUUCUAGAAACGCGAUACUCUAUCGCGAGUAAAAGGAUCGACACGCAGAUUUUUAACUUCAGGAGGAGGCUUGAACGGCAGAGUUAAUGAUUCUGGUCGAAAAGGAGUAGUUAAACAAUGUACUUCUAUGCCCGCAGUUGGCAUGUCAUUAUUUCUCUUAUCAUCGUAAUGAUGUUUGCGUAACGGGGCAAUAAUUAACGCUAGGUUAUCGUUAAUAUGUCUUAUGACAUAUUUUACUGACGUGUUUUUAGCACGUUUCUAUUGGCAUUAACGUGUUUCGAAACUUUCGACACAUUGUAUUGUACUUGUCGGAUACAGUUUGCAAUAUAAUGUGUUCUGUAUCAUAUAGCCACUGUGUGACGUACCGUGUGCGUCUUAUAUUAUUCAUACGACACAGUCUGCGACGUAACAGGUGUGUUCUACAUCAUCUACAUAGGAAUUGACUACAUAAAGAUCUUAUAGUUAAUAACAAUUGACUGUACAUACACGCAUUAUGUCUUAUAGUUAGUACAGUUCAUGACAUAUUGCAGAUAUGUACUCUAUGUCUAUGAUGUAACAUGCUUUCAUAGAAUAAUCCAUAAUAUACCGUACAUGUUCAAUACCAAAUAUGAAUAGUAUAAAUGCAGUUCAUGACACACCAUAUGCGUCUCGUACAGUUUAUCCAAAUGCAACACAUGACUCAUCGCUUUUUGCAAACAAAAAGAUGUUACCAAUUAGUAUUCAAAAAGCUGUCAAACAGAUUAGGAUGAAGUAGAUAAACAUUUGCUCGUGCUGACGAAGACAGCAGCUUUGUUCCUCCUUCGCGUUUCGCCAACUUAAGUCUGACGAGUAUGACGGCAUCGUGCAUGACUGGACGGAACAAUGAAAACCGCCUUCACACCGAUUGUUUCUAUCUUGUGUUGCUUACGCGUAUCUGCUGCGAUUUAGCAUAAGAUCAUCCAAGAAAUUAGUCACCGAGCGAAAGGUCGUGACCGAGACAGUGACUCAGAUCGAUUCCCCUUUCGUGAAGAGGAAACAUUGCUCGAAAUCGAUAAAUCUGCCAGAAUUCUCUCGAACGGAUCGCAUUCUGUUUCAUUCAGUAUUUUGAAUCUUUCGCGAGUUGUCCACUGUGUCGUUUCACGUGAAAAUAUUUGAUAAAUUUGGAGUUGACCAUGGGUCUGAGCGAGGAUCACGCAGUAUCCGACACUGGAGGUGGAGUAACAAGUUCCGGUAAAGCACCGGAAGUCCCCAGGACUGGCCACGAGUUACGCAGGAAAAUGGAACGUGGUCUUCACGAGCGUGACCGCGUAGGCGUCCAAGACUUCGUUCUCCUAGAAGAUUUCCAGAACGAGGCAGCGUUUAUUGACAAUCUGCGAAAACGAUUUAAAGAGGAUUUGAUCUACACGUACAUAGGUCAGGUACUCGUAUCCGUGAAUCCUUACAAAAAACUUCCAAUUUAUAGUCCAGAUACGAUCCAGUACUAUCACGGUAGAAAUUUCUUUGAGGCUCCACCACACAUCUUUGCACUCGCAGAUACCGCUUAUCAGUCCUUGUUGAAAGAAAAUUUGGAUCAAUGUAUCCUCAUCUCUGGCGAAUCCGGUUCAGGAAAGACCGAAGCAUCGAAGAAGGUGCUGGAGUUUAUCGCAGCCGCGACCGGUCACAAAAAACAAGUAGAAGAAGUAAACGAGAAAUUGAUCGGUAGUAAUCCCGUCCUCGAAGCUUUCGGAAACGCGAAAACUAAUCGCAAUGAUAAUUCGUCCCGCUUCGGCAAGUACAUGGAUAUCCAAUUUAAUUUCCAGGGAGAUCCAGUCGGUGGGAACAUCUUGAAUUACCUACUAGAAAAGUCGAGAGUAGUUCAUCAAUUUUCUGGAGAACGUAACUUCCAUAUCUUCUAUCAGUUAUUGGCUGGAGCAAGCGAAGAGACUUUGCGAGAUUUAUAUCUGAAAAGAAAUUUAGAUACAUACUAUUAUCUGACCAACGGGACAAAAGGUACGGUAGACACGAUCGACGAUGCGACUCAGUAUAAAGAGGUAAUGAAAGCUAUGAAGACGAUGGAGAUGAGUCAGCACGAACAGAAUGAUUUAUUUGCAAUAGUCGCAUCCGUGUUACACAUGGGAAACGUUGGAUUUACUGAAAAAGAUGGUGUCGCUCAAAUCUUGAAGCCAGCUUCCGUCGAAGCUGUUGCCACUUUAUUGGGCUGCGACUUGAACCAACUGGCACAAGCUUUUACACAUCGCACUAUAGAUGCUAGGGGCGACGUAGUCAUUUCUCCGUUGAACAGGGAAUUUGCAAUCUAUGCACGCGACGCACUAGCGAAAGCUGUAUAUGAUAGAUUGUUCACGUGGCUUGUGACCAGGUUAAAUAAAUCAUUGCAACCAGUUAGUAGUCGGCGGCGCAACAUGGUCAUAGGUAUCCUGGAUAUUUACGGUUUUGAAAUUUUCCAAAAGAACAGUUUCGAACAAUUCUGCAUAAAUUACUGCAACGAGAAGUUACAGCAGUUGUUCAUCCAGUUGACACUGAAGUCAGAGCAAGAAGAGUACUUGAGGGAAGGAAUAGCCUGGGAGAAUAUUCAAUACUUUAAUAACAAAGUUAUAUGUGAUUUGAUCGAAGAAAAAUAUAAAGGAAUAAUAUCUUUAAUGGAUGAGGAAUGUCUUCGACCUGGAGAACCAACAGACUUAAGUUUCCUGGAGAAGUUGAACGUAAACCUAAACAAUCAUCCUCAUUACAUAAGCCACAUGAAAGCAGAUUUACAAACGCAAAAGGUUAUGGGACGAGAUGAAUUUAGAUUAGUGCAUUACGCUGGCGACGUAACAUACAACGUGCGGGGAUUUCUGGAAAAGAAUAAUGAUUUAUUAUAUAGAGAUUUACGUGAAGUUAUGUCCCAUACAAAGAACACAAUCAUCAAGAAUGUAUUUGAUGUAAAAGAUUUAACCAGCAAGAAGCGUCCAGACACCGCAAUUACACAAUUUAAGAACAGUUUGAACAAUCUUGUGGAGAUCCUUAUGGGCAAGGAACCUUCUUACAUCCGUUGUAUCAAACCUAAUGACUAUAAGAUGGCCAAUCAAUUCAAGGACAAGAUUGUACUACAUCAAGUAAAGUAUUUAGGUCUUAUGGAGAAUUUACGAGUAAGGCGAGCUGGUUUUGCCUAUAGGAGACCAUAUGAACAAUUCUUGCAACGUUACAAAUCUUUGUGUCCACAAACUUGGCCUAAUUAUCAUGGUCCAGCUAAAGAAGGUGUUCAAAUCCUUGUAUGUCACCUUGGUUUUGAACAGGACGAAUAUAGGAUGGGCAACACAAAGUUGUUCAUCCGACUUCCUAAAACAUUGUUCGACACUGAAGACGCCUUCCAGAUGAAGAAGCAUGAGAUAGCUGCUAUCAUUCAAAGUAAAUGGAAAUGUAUACUUAUGAGGCGAAGAUAUUUGAAAAUGAAGAAAGCAGCGAUAGUCUUCCAAAAAUAUAUACGAAGGUGGCUUGCGAAACAGGAAGCUGAAAGGAGAAGAAAAGCUGUUAUUACCAUUCGAAGAUUUAUUGAAGGAUUCAUCACACGAAACGGACCACCCACCGAGAUUAAUGUGGCUUUCAUUGAAUUAGCGAAAUUCCAAUGGUUAACCAAGCUUUCUAAAAAUCUUCCAGAAGGUGUUUUAAAUAAUUCCUGGCCUCCUUGCCCGUACGCAUGUCGAGAAGCUUCUGAACACCUACGCAUUAUUCAUAAAAAAUGGAAAGCACGGAAGUAUAGGUUGGCCUUGUCGAAAGAAGACAAAGAACAAUUUGAAUUGAAAAUUUUAGCCGAAUCACUAUUCAAAGGAAAGAAGAAAUCGUAUGCCAAAAGCUUGGGACCGAGGUUCCAAAAUGAUCGACUUGGUGCGGAACAUAAAGCAUUGAGACAGAGUUUCAUUAAUAAUAUCCUUCCUAGGGAUGAAACUAUAAAAUAUGCCACUCCAGUUAUCAAAUAUGACCGGCAUGGUUACAAACCUCGUGAAAGAGUACUAAUUUUAACGGAAAACGCAGUAUAUAUUUUAGAUACUUUAAAAACAUUUAAACUUAAGCAUCGAUUACCUUAUAAAUCUAUUGAGGAACUGGUUGUCACUGGAGAAUCAGAUAACUUAUUAAUUGUUAGGAUACCACCUGAAUUAAAAAAGGAUAAGGGUGAUUUAAUAUUGGAACUACCGCAUACAAUAGAAGCGCUAACAAAGGCAAUUGAUAUCACCAACAAUCGAAAUAUUCUUAAAAUUGUCAACACAGAGUCGGUCUCACAUAAACUAGUCAGUGGAAAAGAAGGUGUAAUUGAAUUUAGGACUGGUACAACACCAGCCAUUAGUAAAAACAGACAAAGUGGACAUUUACUAGUGGUGGCAUCUCCAUAACAUCUGAAAGAAGUUUUUAAUAGAAGUAUUUAUGUACUUAGGAAGAAGUGUUCGUGUAAAGUACAAUACAUAAUGCAGCCUUACUCAAUGUGAUUUACAGCGGAAAAUUAUUAAGAAGAGAUAAUAUAUUAAAACUUAGUACAUUUAUUAAAUGAAACUCGCAGUUCUGUACCUCGUCAUACGAGUUGCAUAAGUUAUCUGAUAAAGUAAUGUUUAUUUUUAUAACUAGUGCAUUUUCAGUGAAAUGGAAAAUUUACUGAUGUUAUAAAUUUGAAAAUAGAAUGUUGUGCCUUUUAUAAAAGUACUAUUGAAUAAUCGCACAAGAAAAUAAUUUAUUAAUGAAUGUUUUACAGGUGCACUAAAAAAAAAGCAUUUUCUUUUUCUAUAUUUAUAU